AUGAAGGUCGCAUUCGCCUCCCUCGUCACGCUCCUCGUCGGCUCCGUGCGCGGCCAGGUGCAAGCGCCGGCCGUUGCUGGCGCGGCCGGGCCCAUCUCGGACGCGGACCGCAUCUACACGGGCGACCAGUCGUCCAACACGAUCACGGUGAUCCAGCCCUCGACGGGCACGGUGCUGGGCACGAUCCGGCUCGGGGACGUGCGACUGGGCGGCGCGCUCAACCCGCAGUACCUGCGGUCGGUCAACGCGCACGGGCUCGGGUUCUCGCGCGACGGGCGGCACCUCGUCUCGCUGAGCGUGACGACCAACACGGCGACGGUGAUCCGGUGCGCCGACAACACCAUCGUGUCGCAGACGUACACGGACCGCAACCCGCACGAGGCCUUCUUCGCGGCCGACAACCGCACCGUGUGGAUCGGCACGCGCGGCGUCGACAGCAUCACCGUCAUCGACGGGCUCGCCGGCGGCGUGCUCGCGCGCAUCCCGUCCCCCGGCGGGCCGAGCAAGGUGCUCUUCAGCCCGGACGGCGCCACCGCCUACGCCAACCACAUCAACGGCUCGUACGUGUCCGUCAUUGACGUGGCCACGCGCCGGCAGACGGCCACCAUUGCCGGCCUCGCCCACGUCUUCUCGUCCGACAUGAUGCUCUCCCCCGACGGCGCCCGGCUGUGGGUCGCCCACAAGAUGGUCGGCAAGGUGUCGGUCGUGUCGGUGCGCCAGCGGCGCGUCGUCGCCGUGCUCGACACCGGCGCCGAGACCAACCACCCCAACUUUGCCGUCGUCGGCGGCGUCACGCACGGCUUCGUCACCGUCGCCGCCACAAACGAGACCAAAAUGCACGCCCAGCCCGACCCGGACCGCGCGCCCGCGUACGUCGGCGCCAUCCGCGCCUCGGGCAUCGAGCCGCACGGGCUCUGGCCCAGCCCGGACAACACGCGGCUGUACAUCGUCAACGAGCACAGCGACACGGUCGACGAGGUGGACCUGACGGCGCGGCCGCCGGCCGUGGUGCGCACGCUCAAUGUCGGCCAGGAGGGCCAGGCGCUCGUGUACGUGGCGGGCGCGGUGCCGCACGGCAACGGCACGGCCAACCUCGGCCGGCAGGGGCUGCAGGAUGCGCCGGCGGCCAACAAGAUUAUUACGCUCCGGGGCGGCGGCGGCGGCGGCCGUGCGCACAAGGGACACAAGGGACCAACGACGCCGUCGGCGCUCGUCACGGUGCGCAAGCAGGGCGGCCUCGACAUGGUGCAGGUCAUUGGCCGCGACCUCCGCCUCAACACGACGUACACGGUGUCGGCGGCGUGCUUGCGCUGCGGCGGCCACCGCAUCCCGCUGGUGGACUUUGCGCCGACGGUGCCGACGCAGGGCACCGCGGGAUGCGGCACGGCGCCGCAGGUUCUCGUCUUUGUCAAGUUUUUCGGCGUGUAUGGGCUGGAGUCGCUGACGUUGACGGAAGCCGCCGCGGGGUCUAGUUAG